CCUACAUACCCGUUGCCGGUGGCGCCGAUGAUGGCUGGUCAAAAGACGGCCAGGCGACUGCCACAUGCUACUGUGGUGCAGUACAGUUAGCUUUUGUAAGUCCUCCCAAACAUAUACGACCCAUUCUAAUACAUCCUGCUCACAACACGGACGAAUCUCAGCCAACGCUAGGCCCAGGCCUAAUCGAUACAUUCACCUGUCACUGCACGGAUUGCCGAAAGAUCACCGCAUCCAUGUUCGCGACCAAUUUCGUUGUCGCGGACACACAUCUCAGGCACAUACGUGGUCAAGAAAACCUCAAAUUAUUUAGCCAGUCAAAGACCAUUGCCUCCGGAAAGUCAAUGACAAAUUGUUUCUGUUCCACAUGUGGCUCACUCAUGUAUCGCAUCAGUGAAAUGCUUCCAGGACACAGUAUCCUGCGUACCGGAACAGUGGAUGAUUUCACCCUGCACGAAACGAAACUGAAGCCCAGGUUUGAACUGUAUACUAAGGACCGGGUGGGAUGGCUUCAGGGGGCAACUGGUGUGGCGCAGGUCAAGGGUUCGGCUUAUCCGCCGAAGGGGCAAGGCCCUUCGGGACCCUGAAUGAAUUAAUUGGGGGUUUCAGUGUGUCAGCUCCACGUCGCUGGUCACAGAUUCACUAGGGACAAAUAUAACCACUUGUACUACCAGGUGAUAUUUGAGCCUAAGAAUUCACUAUCCAUUAGCAAGCCUCUCCAUGACUUGGAUUUACGAUCCUUUCCACCGAACCAC